UCCGCUGCUCUCAUUCACAGCCAGCUAACAGUUGGCUCCUUGCAGGCUUCACCCUACAGAGAGACGGCUGGCCAGGCGUCCAGUCAGGUCUGAGCCACGAUGAGCGACACGACUCCGGCUAUUACCACGGGUUAGACCUUAUGCUCCCGGGGCAUAUCUGGCGAACUAGGUGCUGAAGUGAAAGAACCGGGGGUGCUUCGGGAUUUAUUAUUGCGCUGAAGAGCGGCGCUGACAGCCCUGGGGACUUGCGACUGGCCGUUCGUUUUUUGCAUGAUGCAGCCUGCCUUGCUGAAUGCAUCCAGCAUUUCCUGGGUUAUCUGAUACAUGCAGUGAGUUAUUUUCUGGUGCAGUGAGGUUGAUUGGCAAUCGUGAACAGCAGUCACAUUGUUGAAACAAUAGCCACAUCUGAUAAUUGUGGGCAACUACUUCCAGAAAAUAACAGAGAGAGCAACUGCAAGGUCAAGGCAGAUCAAACACUCAAAAGUCACUGAUCUAAUGUCCUGCAUAUUUUGCAUCAGAAAAUUCCAAAUCACUUUCUCAUCAUUGGUGUUCAUUGUUCUAGGAAACAACCAGAAUUGUGUUCUCUGGACUUUGAUUCCUGAUGGCCUCCUUUGCGAUGGUAUUUAGAUUUGUCAACACUACGGACCCUCUGCUUGGGUGGCUUAAUUCAACUGAUCGCGACCAUUCACCCAACUACUUUGCCCUGUUCUUCAUACUGCUGAUCUUUGCCAUUGUUUUUGGAAACGUGUUGGUGUGCCUUGCAGUGCUGAAAGAAAAAUCUUUACAAACAACUACGAACUACCUUGUUGUCAGCUUAGCAGUAGCAGACAUGCUGGUUGCUACUUUGGUGAUGCCAUGGGUCGUGUACCUGGAGGUGGUAAGGGUGUGGAGAUUCAGUCAAACAAGCUGUAACAUCUUUGUGACACUGGAUGUUAUGAUGUGUACCGCAAGUAUUUUAAACCUCUGUGCUAUCAGCAUUGACAGGUACACUGCUGUAGUAAUGCCAAUCCAAUAUAAUACAAAUUGCAGUUCCAGGAGGCGGGUGACUGGAAUGAUCAUUGCCGUGUGGAUAUUAUCUUUGGCAGUAUCUUGUCCUCUCCUGUUUGGUUUCAAUACAACAGAUGACCCAAGGUUAUGUUCGAUAUCCAAUCCAGAUUUUGUCGUGUACUCAUCAAUUGUUUCCUUCUACUUGCCAUUUUUAAUCACACUGUUGGUGUAUAUACGUAUUUAUUUUGUACUGAAAAAGAGAAGGAAGCGUAUUAAUCUACGACAAAACACUGUUACUGUGGCUACAAAAGUUGCAGCACAGAGUCAGAUCAUUCAGGAAAAGAAAGAGCAUUUUCCCAAAAUAUUUCAUUCAUUGGCCUGUUUGAACGUUAGCAAGCGAACAGGUCUAUCCCCAAACAGUGAGCUGCAGUCCCCCAUAGGAAUUGCAAAUUACUGCACCAUCAGCCAGGCUUUGUUUGCACAUUCAGAGAACGAAAUUGAGAAAUCGGACAAGAAGAGCGUUUGUGCAACAAAGCGUGCAUCCGAAGUGAAAAACAUGUCCAGCGGAAAAACUGCCACUUCCCUGAGACCCGCGUUAAAACACAGGAACCUGCACACGAGAGAGAGGAAAGUUACUCGGAUGUUGGUUGUUGUGCUGGGUAUGUUCCUCAUUUGCUGGCUGCCAUUUUUUAUCACGCACAUUCUGAACACCCACUGCAAGCGAUGCCACGUGUCACUAGAACUCUACAGUGCUACCACUUGGCUUGGAUAUGUCAACAGUGCAAUAAAUCCCAUCAUCUACACUACCUUCAACACCGAGUUCAGAAGAGCAUUUCUCAGAAUUUUGUCUUGCUAAAUUAAGUCUGAAAGAUGUUACUAAUUAAAGAUAUUGUUAGUUGGGAUUUUAACAUUUAACCUCCCUUAAUCCUAAGCACUGUAAUGAAAUUAUUGCUGAAAUAGAGGUCAGAUCUCAUUUUACAUUAAAUUUGUGCCCAAUAAAAGUACCGAUUUACUUUGUUCAUGUAAAUUUCUUGCCAGUCGCGAUAUUUUUCCAUUAAAACUGAAGCACACCGAUCAGUGA